GCGCAUGCGCACGCUCGACUUCCGGUGCAUUUGGCGCCCAGGUCGGCCGAGCUGAGAGCGGCGAAGAUGGCGGCAGCGAGAGCCGGUCAGCCGAGUACCGGUGUCCCUCUCAACCCCGCCACCACAUCCGUCCCUGUUUCCUCUCCCGGCGGGCCCGUGCAGCAGGGCCUGAAGGAGGCGCUCUUCGAGGCCCUGGGCGCCAUACUCUCGCCUGUGCAGGAGGUGCGGGCCGCGGGCGAAGAACAGAUCAAAGUUCUGGAGGUGACGGAGGAGUUCGGCGUUCACCUGGCUGAGCUAACAGUUGAUCCCCAGGGAGCACUGGCGAUCCGGCAGCUGGCAUCUGUAAUUCUGAAACAGUAUGUGGAGAAUCACUGGUGCAAUCAGUCAGUAAAGUUCCACCCACCUGAGACAACUGAGAGGGCUAAGGUGGCCAUCAGAGAGCUUUUACCGAGUGGCCUGCAAGAGUCGAUCAGUAAAGUGCGGUCCAGUGUAGCCUAUGCUAUAUCUGCGAUAGCCCACUGGGACUGGCCCGAGGCCUGGCCUGAGCUCUUCAGAGUGUUGAUGGACAUGUUGAUCAGCGGUGACGUGAACGCUGUGCACGGGGCCAUGCGGGUCCUCACAGAGUUUGCUCGUGAGGUUACGGACACUCAGAUGCCGCUGGUAGCACCUGUAAUUUUGCCAGAAAUGUACAAGAUAUUUACAAUGGCUGAGGUUUACAGCAUCCGGACGAGAGCACAUGCAGUUGAGAUCUUCACCACAUGUGCCAAUCUGAUUUGUGCCAUUGAGGAAGUUGAGAAGGGGGCAGCGAAGGCAUUGAUUUUCCCUGUGGUACAGCAGUUCAUCCAGGCUUUUGUACAAGCUCUACAAAUGCCAGAUGGCCCAAACUCUGACAGUGGACUGAAGAUGGAGGUGCUGAAGGCAGUGACAGCUUUGGUAAAGAACUUCCCAAAGCACAUGGCCUCAUCAAUGCAACAGAUCCUGCCCAUUGUUUGGAACACACUAACUGAUAGUGUGGCCACUUACGUAAGGACAGAAGUGAACUACACGGAGGAGGUGGAUGAUCCGGUGGAUUCUGAUGGUGAGGUGCUGGGGUUUGAGAAUUUGGUGUUCAACGUCUUUGAGUUUGUGCAUACGUUGCUGGAGAACAGAAAGUUGAAGAGCUCUGUGAAGAAAGCCCUCCCCGAGCUGAUUUACUACAUCAUAUUGUAUAUGCAGAUCACUGAAGAACUGAUUAAGGUCUGGACAGGAGACCCGCAUCGGUUUGUGGAAGAUGAAGAUGAUGACACCUUCUCGUAUUCAGUGCGAAUCUCGGCACAGGAUCUCCUGCUGGCCGUUGUAAGUGACUUUCAGAAUGAAAGUGCCAUUGCCCUUGCAGCAGCUGCAACUAGACAUCUGCAGGAAGCUGAGCAGGCCAAGCGUGCUGGCAAUGUCCACUGGUGGAAGAUUCAUGAGGCUUGCAUGCUGGCGCUAGGGUCCGUGAAAAGCAUCAUCACGGACAAUGUGAAGAAUGGGCAGAUACAGUUCGACAUACACGGAUUUCUCACCAAUGUUGUACUUGCUGACCUCAACCUUUCAGUAUCUCCGUUCUUGCUUGGCCGUGCACUCUGGGCUGCCAGCCGAUUCACUACAGUAAUGACUCCUGAACUGAUCCAGCAGUUUCUGCAAGCAACUGUGAGUGGUCUGCAUGAGACCCAGCCGCCAUCAGUGAGAAUCUCAGCUGUUCGAGCCAUCUGGGGGUACUGUGACCAGUUGAAAAUUUCUGAUUGUACCCGUGUGUUACAACCAUUCUUGCAUAGCAUCCUGGAUGGCCUCAUUCAACUUGCUACUCAGUUCAGUUCUGAGGUGCUCACCCUUGUCAUGGAGACCUUGUGUGUUGUCUGUACUGUGGACCCCGCCUUCACUAUCAGUGUGGAAAAUAAAGUCUGCCCCCUUACCAUCGCCAUCUUCCUCAAGUACAGUAACGAUCCAGUUGUAGCAUCUCUGGCACAAGAUAUUUUCAAGGAACUUGCACAGAUUGAGGGUUGCCAGGGUCCCAUGCAGAUGAGGUUAAUUCCAACUCUUGUCAGCAUCAUGCACGCUCCGUCUGAUAAAUUGCCCUCCGGGCUCUGUGCAACUGCCAUUGAUAUCCUGACGACUGUUGUGAGGAACACCAAGCAGCCGCUAUCGGAGGCUCUCAUCUGCCAGGCAUUCCCUGUUGUGGCUCAGUGUACGCUACACACAGAUGAUUACGCCACCAUGCAGAAUGGUGGCGAGUGUCUGCGGGCCUAUGUGGCUGUCGCAAUGGAACAGAUAGCGCAGUGGCAUGAUGAGCAGGGUCACAACGGGCUCUGGUAUGUCAUGCAAGUGGUCAGCCAGCUUCUGGACCCCCGCAGUACAGAAUGCACAGCAGCGUUUGUGGGGCGCCUGAUUUCUACUCUCAUCUCUAAGGCGGGCUCACAGCUGGGGGAGAACCUCGACCAGAUCCUGCGAGCAAUCCUCAGCAAGAUGCAACAAGCAGAGACUCUCACUGUCAUGCAGUCUCUGAUUAUGGUGUUUGCGCACCUUGUCCACAAUCAGCUGGAGCCUCUGUUGGAGUUUCUCUGCAGCCUGCCUGGACCCACUGGCAAACCUGCACUGGAGUUCGUCAUGUCUGAAUGGACCACCCGGCAGCCUCUGUUCUACGGACAGUACGAGGGCAAAGUCAGUACUGUUGCAAUGUGUAAGCUUCUGCAACAUGGUAUAAACACAGAUGAUAAGCGACUGCAGAACAUCAUGGUGAGAGGGGAGGAGGUGUUCAGUGCCGAUGAAGGAAUUCGCACUCGCUCCAAGGCAGCAAAAAACCCAGAGCAAUGGACAGAUAUUCCGCUACUGGUUAAACUCUUUAAGUUGGUAAUCGGUGAACUCGCCAGUGUCAUGGAGGCAAACAGCUCCCGGCAAUCCAAUGCAGCUGAGUGGAAUGAAGAUGAUGCUAAUGAUAUGUGGGAGGACCAAGAUGAAGAUGAUGAUGAGGAUGAUGACGAAGGACUAUCUGGACAGCUGUUAUCUGACCUGCUGAACACAGGAGGAAGCAUUAGAUAUGAUGAUGACUAUUAUGAUGAUGACAGUGAAGAUGACCCAGAGAUGUUGAAGGAUCCCUUGUAUCAAGUUGAUUUGCAGGCCUACCUAACAGAUUACCUCCGGCAAUUUGCACAGCAGCCCUGCUACACGCCGUUUUCUCAUCACCUCAAUGAAAAGGAGAAGAGGGUUUUACGCUCAAUCGGCAUUUAAGCUCAGCUGGAAGAGAGGUCUGCCGUGUCAUUGAAUUGACACCAAACUCGGCCACCUUAUGAAACUUCCUGCUCCUGUGCCCGUUGCUCUUAUGGGGAGAAGACGAUCAGAUUUCAUCGUAGCCUUUCUCUCAUCAUGGCUCCAGGCAAUUGAACCACAGAGGCAUAACUAAGGGCAUGUGGUUUAUUUCAGUGAAGCACACGGACCUUCGGAGGAAAUCUGUGCCACAAAGUUCUCCAGUCCCCGUGUUUCUGUGAAGUUCAGUCAUGGGUCAGUACUAUUACCUGGAACCAGUGUGGUUUGUGGUGCAAGCCUGGUCAGACUCUCUCCUUUUGUCACACAAAACUAAUAUUGAGCUAUGGUGACACACUUAAAGAAGUUAGAAAGAAGACUGUAGCUUUGUGAAACAUUUUGUUUUCCAAUUGUCCCGUUAUUCCGCCUGAACUACUCUUGCUGAGGGUGUACGUCGAGCUGUCUCCGUUCGAUACAUUUCCUGGCCGAUCCUGAGGUGGUUACAGCUGAGCUAGCAGUGGGACAGUACACAAGCUCAUUUCCAUUCUGUUAAAGGAUGAGAAAUAAGACCCAAGGAAAUGAUUGGUGGGGUGAAAUAGUGAGACAGGUCCCAGUAGGGGAGGGCAGGAUGUCAUGGAGUGAGGGAUGGGGUGGCUGAGAGCUUAGAAUGUGCAAUGUGGGGGUCAGAAGACAAGGCCGGCUGGGUAGGGUAGAGUUUGUUGCAGUACACAGAUGAGGAGAGGGAGCUAUAAGUGAAAUGAGUGAGGGUGAGAGUAUGGGCUGGAGAUGUUUGUGUACCAUGGUACAGCUUUAUCUGCAUUCCAUGGGACUACCUUGUAAAUCUCAGUAUUUUCGUGCGGAUUGUGAGGUUCUGCAGUGCCUGUGCAGUGGAUGUCAAGUCUGUCAAUAUAUUAUAGGCCACUUCUUUUGUGUCAUCAUCCAAUCCAGCUCCCUGGAAUGAAAUGAAUAUCUCACACCCAAUUCCUGAAUCGUGGGGGAUGCACUGGAAUUGAUUACAUUACAAACAUGUCCAGUGUCUCUUAAGGCACAAUUGGAAAGUAGUAUGUGCUCUUGGGUCGUAUUAGAAGUAUCCACCUCGGUGAUCCUGCUUCCUAAAUUUUAACCUGGAUACAGCCUUUUCUGGAUGUGACUGCAUUAAAAGACCAAACUAAA